AUGCAAGAACAGAUAGCUGUCUCUAUCUAUCUAAACUAGCAGUACUGCUGUGCCAGUUUUCACUUGGUACACUUCGCUCGUCUGUCCAGUCUCCAAAAGAACUGUUCUGGUUCUUGAAUUAUAACGGUGUAGCUGUGGGUUAUAUAGUCAACAGAGUGAGAAAAGCUAGAGAGCAAAAGAUGGGAAAGAAAAGUUACUUGGCGAUGAGGAGGGGUCAGGGAAUGGAGAGUAGCUUGUUUGCUUCUGAUUUUCAAGACUUGACUAAUGCUGCUAAGAGGCUAGCUAAUCAUGCUGUCAAGCUUGGUGGGUUAGGGUUUGGUACCACUUUUCUUGAAUGGAUCGCUGCUUUUGCUGCUAUUUAUCUACUGAUCUUGGAUCGAACGAACUGGAAAACCAACAUUCUUACUGGACUAUUAAUCCCUUACAUUUUCUUUACUCUUCCUUCAAUAUUGUUCAGCCUGCUCAGAGGAGAUGUUGGAAAAUGGAUCGCUUUCGUUGCUGUCAUUUUGCGUCUUUUCUUCCCAAAACGUUUCCCAGAUUGGCUUGAAAUGCCUGGUGCUUUGAUUCUUCUAAUAGUGGUGGCUCCUAGUUUGUUUACAAGCACGAUAAGGAAUAACUGGAUUGGUGUAGUCAUAUGUCUAGCCAUUGCAUGUUAUUUGCUGCAAGAACACAUCCGAGCAUCGGGUGGGUUUAGAAACUCCUUCACAAAAGCACAUGGCAUAUCCAACACUGUUGGCAUCAUCCUUCUGUUUGUUUAUCCUGCCUGGGCAUUGCUGAUUGAUUUGCUUUAAGCACACCUCAGCAGAUGUGCAUUGUAACCUUAUUAGCAGGCUUUUUAAGUGUGUUUUAGUUGUUUCAUCAAUUUGUUGUGAUAUUCAAAUUCGUUGUGAUUGAUGUGUCAUCGAGACUAUCAUUCAGUUAUAUAUUGGCAUUGCUGUACAAAAUCAAACUGUUUGCUGAACAAACCUUGAAGGAUUCUUGUAUUGCUCUCACCUGUAAAAAAAAAAAACAUUUCGUGUUCCCUAUAA